GGUGGCUCAGGUAUGCAAAUGCAGAGACAUCUAACGGACAAAUGGUUCUUUAUUGUUCGCUAGCAUGCACUGGUUUUCUUUUUUCCCGCUUACAGUUAUAUGGUAGUCCUUUUUUUACUUAUUAAACUCUGGCAAUCUCAACCAAAUUCUUCUUUCAAGUUAUAAUCCGCAACCAAGUUUUUCUUAAAAUUAUCACUACAUUCGCACACACUUAAAUUAACUGACACCGGUUGCGGAAGGAAAUGUAUGCAUGGUUGCCUAAUGCCUCACCAGAGACAAUAAGAAAUUUUCAACUAUGUAUGAAAAAUGAUGCUGUUUAUCGCUGUGGAUUUCCUUUUGGACUUAUGUCUGGAAUAGCAUGGUAUUUUAUGGUUCCUAUACCAUCAGGAGUCAUGAAAAAAUGUUCAGCAAUUCUUGCAGGUACGAUAAUGUCUGCGAUUGGAAGAGCAUUUUGUGGUCCAAUGUGUUAUCGAAAAGCGUUGAGUAUUGAAAAGAAACAGUUACGUCAGUUUGGUGAUUUUGAUCAGCAAGAACAGCAGAGUAAAUAUUUUGCAUCUCCUGCUGAUAAUUUGGAGGAGGAGAAACCAAUGUGGGAUAGCUUUGAUACUGGAUUUGAGAUGAAUGAAUUCAAUGAUACGAGUGACAAUUUACAAGAAGAAUUAAAAAAUAAGCCGCAAGAAAAGGCCCGCGUGACAUAUGAUGAUUUGUGGAUACAGCACAGAGAGCAACAAAUGAAGAAUAAUAUACAGAAGUUACGUACAGAUUUGGAUCAUAAUUAUUCUUUGACAAAUGCUGAAAAGAGAGAGUCAUUUAAAAGACAACAGAGAAAGCUUCCAAAAGAAUCAACUGAAACAGAAUUUGAGAAAGAUACGUGGAAUUGAAGUCAAGAGGUGUAUUUUUGAAUUCAUAUGCGAUACAACUGUAUAUAAUUAUUAUCGCACAACAACAAAAUUCAAUAGUAAUAAAAAUAGCAAUAAACGAAUGUUGAAAAUUUUAAAAUGCUAAUGUUUCUUUGUGUCAUAGAUAUUUUCUUUUUUGUGGAUAUGUAAAGUGAUGUAUGGAAUCAAGAUAAACAUCAGGUAAACAUCAUAUGUGAGAAAAUAUAAAGCGAUUACACACAGCGAGAAACAAAUAUGGCAUUGCAAAUCUGAAAUGCUGAUAAUACUUUUAAUUUGUUUAAAUCACGAUGUGUUAUGAAAGUAUACUUUAGAUAUGCCAUACUGUAUAAGAAGUAUAUCUAUAUUAUAUCUAUUGAUAUAAAAUAUGAACUUAACUUGAUUCUUGAGGAGUGCAAUUUUAUUUACGCUUUCGUGACGAUUUUCUUAUAUUUUUAUCUUAUCGUUGUUAUUAUAUUUUUUUAUAUUUAACAUGCACUAGUUUGAUAUUCUUUGUCUACUUUUUGGCAUCGACAAUGUCUAAUCAAAUAUGACAGCAUUUUUCACUGCGAAUACUUCUUUUAUGUAUUACCUUAGUUUGAAUGUUAAUAUAUGAUCAGAAAGUUAAUAUAUAUUAAUGUAUUUCAAGUCGAAUAUGUUCAUAUUUCAUGUUGGAUACUUAUAAUAAUUGAUUUUAGCUCAAAAAGAAAAGUUACACGCUUAAAUAUAUGGCCAAAAUAAAAAUUAUAUAUAUAUUUAUAGUCGUAAUUUUACGACUUGGAGAUAUUAUUCCUUAUAUAUUAUUUGUCGUUCACUUACGGCUUUCCGUCCUAUUAUCAAAUUUCAUUUCUCUUUUUUUUUCAUGAAAAUAAAGAACUCAAAGAAAGAACGAACAGCGAACGUUCAAUUGUACAUGUUUUGUGUUUCAAUUGUAUUUGUAUUUGUUAUUGUAUUGUUACGAUGAAUAUUGGUGAAAGUUUUUUGUGCCAGAAAGUGAUCAUUAAACACGAAGAAAUUAGAAAUGCUUACUUUUUAAAUAUCAUUCGCUCAGUGUAAAAAUAAUAAUCUUCACAAAUUUUUCGAAAAGAAUAUUGUACAACACAAAUAUUACUUGGCAAAAAAAAAAAAACGCGCAUAUUUAAUAAAUUCCCCACGCUUGCAGACGAGAAUUUUUUAGAUAAGUUUUAUAUGUCGAGACAAUAAGUUAUAUAUAUAUAAAUAGGCAAGAUAUACAAAAACGAUAUGAAUGUAAACCCAACAUGUACAGUAGUAAGGGUAACGUGUAAUAAGAUGGAAGGAAUUUAUGCGAGAGCAACUUUUGAUAUGACAAAUUUAUGUUAAUAUAAUAUCUAUCUUUUUUAAUUGUUAAAUAUACAAACUACAGCAAGCUGCGUGCUCUAGCGAUAAUGUAUGGAUAACAUUAUCGGAUAAAUAGUAAGGAAACAAAUUAAAAAAUUCUCAUUAUAUUCUUUACGUAUAUUUAUUUACUUAGGUAUUUACAUUACUAAGCAAGAAAGAAAUUUGUAGAAACUGAAUAUGCGUAUUAUUGUACGAUGGAUAACGUAUUAUGCUUUAGAUUAUGUAUUAAACGGUCUAGAUACAAUUGCAAAGAAAAACGAAAAAGAUAUAUUUGCAAAUAAAAUCGCAAUAUAUAAAUACAUAAUAUAAUAUAAAAUAUAAAACAUAACGUAAUAUAAAAAAUGAUAAAUUUAUUAUCGUUCGAGAUAUUUACUUUUCACGAAAGUGAGAAAGUAGAUUUUCACUCAC